AUGCCAGCUACGAGAAGGAGUAAAAGUACAGGUAAGCGAGUGGAUGUGGCUGCCCAAGAAGGGACCAGCCAACCACCACCUAGUCAAGCUGUUCAAGGUGAGGCUCAAGAUGAGUCUCUAUCACAGACUUCCCCGACCCCUCUAUCGCCAGAAGAACUAAGGAGGGAAGUUGCACCUCAAGAACCCCCUAUUAAUGCUACCGAGCAAGAUUUGAGGAAUGCAGUCCAAUUGUUGACUCGUAUAGUUGGUGGCCACGGCCAAUGGCAAGAAGGUCCAAUUGCAGGUAUUAGUAGUGUAGAUAGAGCAGCUGGCACGCGGAUACGUGAUUUCCUUAAUUUGGACUCUCCAUCAUUCACCGGGACAGAUCGUAAUGAAGAUCCACAAGACCUUAAAUAUCAGAUCCAACGCACUUUCGAUGUUAUGCAUGUAAGUGGUAAAGAAGCGCUCGAGCUAGCAGCAUAUAGAUUAAAAGGUGUGGCAAUAUUGUGGUAUGAAGCUUGGAAGCAAUCCAGGGGAACAGAUGCACCUUCAGCUAUAUGGAAAGAGUUCAAAAAGGCAUUCCUUGACCAUUACCUGCCAUUGGAGAUCCUAAAGGCCCGUGCGGAUCAGUUCUUAAAUCUCCACCAAGUAAGUAUGAGUGUGAGAGAGUACAGUCUCAAAUUUAAUUCCUUGGCCAGAUAUAGAUAUAGCAAGGAUGCAAGCUUUUGCGAAAAGUUAGAGGAUCAAAGGCAAAGAAGAAGGACACAAGAGUCAGAAAUAGGGCAUUCUAAGAGGCCCAGAUCUAUGGGGCAGUUUACACCAUCCCAAGGUGAGUUUAGGCCUAGGUUCUUUAACAGACCGCCUAGGCCAUCAUCUUCCUACUCUACAGCUAGUACCCUACCUCAAUUUCAAGGGACUAGGGGGAAUCAAUUUGAGCAAAGAGGUGAAAGUCAAGGUUCACGAACAGCGGGAUACCUUGAGCAGGGAAGUAUGAGCCAAUCAAGACCUCCUCGAGAGUUUUGUAAACAAUGUGGAAGGAAUCAUUUAGGUGCAUGUCAAUUUGGGACAAAUGCUUGUUUUUGGUGUGGUACACCAGGUCAUAUGAUGAGAAAUUGCCCUCAUAGAGGUGUGGGUGGUGUGGCACAACCUACUAGGUCAGUUGUUGCAUCCUCGUCAUCAGCACCUUCUUUAGGUAUAGGACAGAUGCCUACUGGUCGUGGUAGAGGAGCUAGGGGAGCAGCUAGUUCUAGUGGAGUUCAGAAUCGCACAUAUGCUCUCGGGGAUCGACAAAAUUUGGAAGCCUCGCCGGAUGUGGUUACAGGUACGUUGUCCAUCUUUACACAUAUUGUAUAUGUAUUAAUUGAUCCGGGGUCUACACUAUCAUAUGUUGCUCCAUUGAUUGCUGAAAAGUUCAAAAGAACACCAGAAUUAUUAGUGAAGCCAUUUGAGGCACCGAUUGGUGACUCUAUUAUAGCUAGAAGGGUUUGUCGUAAUUGCAUUGUAACUGUUUGUGAUCGUGAUACGUUGGCUGACCUUGUUGAGCUAGAAAUGGUGGAUUUUGAUGUUAUAAUGGGUAUGGAUUGGUUAGCUUCUUGUUAUGCCACAGUAGAUUGCCGAACGAAGACGCUGCAUUUCCAUUUUCCAAAAGAGGCCGUUCUUGAAUGGAAAGGUAAUAUUGGGACAUCAAGAGGUAAAUUUAUUUCCUAUUUUAAGGCAAAGAAGAUGAUGUCCAAAGGAUACAUAUGUCAUCUAGUGAGAGUGAGAAAUAUAGAUGCGGAGCCACCAACUCUUCAAUCCAUUCCAGUGGUAAAUGAAUUUCCCGAUGUAUUUCCUGAAGAUCUUCCGGGUUUGCCUCCAGAACGAGAAAUAGAGUUUGGUAUUGAUGUGAUUCCAGAUACUCAACCUAUAUCCGUCCCUCCAUAUAGAAUGGCCCCGGCAGAAUUGCGGGAGUUGAAGGAGCAAUUAAAAGACUUAUUAGAAAAAGGAUUCAUAAGGCCUAUUACAAGGAAAAUUGACCUGAGGUCGAGUUAUCACCAAGUGAGGGUCAAAGACGAAAAUAUACCCAAGACAGCUUUCCGAACACGAUAUGGUCAUUUUGAGUUUGUAGUCAUGUCAUUCGGGCUAACGAAUGCACCAACAGUUUUUAUGGAUUUGAUGAAUAGGGUGUUCAAGCCAUUUUUAGAUGUGUUCGUGAUAGUAUUCAUAGAUGACAUUUUGGUGUAUUCAAGAUCGGAAGAGGACCAUGCUAAUCACCUGCGACAGGUGUUACAAAUUCUUCGUGAGCGUAAGUUGUAUGCAAAGUUCUCUAAAUGUGAGUUCUGGUUAAAAUCUGUGGCAUUCCUAGGUCAUGUUGUAUCCGAUGAAGGAAUAAGGGUUGAUAAUCAGAAGAUAGAAACGGUGAAAAACUGGCCAAGACCUACAACGCCUACGGAGAUCCGUAGUUUCCUUGGAUUGGCAGGUUAUUAUAGAAGGUUCGUUGAAGGAUUCUCUUCCAUUGCUGCACCCUUAACAAAGCUAACACACAAAGAAACCAAGUUUCAGUGGAGUGAUGAAUGUGAAAGAAGCUUCCAAGAGCUGAGGAAUAAAUUAACUUCUACACCGGUAUUGGUACUUCCAGAAGGAACAGAAGGGUAUGCAGUCUAUUGUGAUGCUUCGGGGGUGGGCCUAGGAUUCUGUUUUGAUGCAGCAUGGUAA